UGUAACACCAGGUCCUUUUUGAGCUUCUACCUACCAGGUAGCUAUUUACGGUACAAACCUGGAGACAAGAAGCCACUGGUGUCCGGUGUGAUGGUAUCUGCUUCCAAGUGUUACGCCCGGGCUUCGUCCAAGGAGCUUUGCGGUCACGGAGUGCCGGGGGUCGGAAAGACAUUCACUGUCGAGGCAACUGCCGAAUAUUUCCAAGUCCCCCUCUAUUCGGUUUCUGCCGGCGAGUUGAUCGCUGAUCAUGAUGAUCCCCUUCAAUUGGACAUGGUGCUUGAUCGAAUCUUUCACAUCGCGAAGCACUUCAAUGCAACCAUUCUAAUAGACGAAGCGGGUGUGUUCAUGGAUAACCGUGCAUCCUACCAUAGUAAUCACAACCGCUUGGUGACCAUCUUCCUGCGGAAGCUCGAAUACUACGAAGGCCUCCUCUUUCUCACCACCAACCGCGUGAUGGAAUUUGAAGAAGCUGUUCUGAGCCGUAUUCAUCUAAAGAUCAAAUACGCCGAUUUGACCAAGGAUGCGCGACGGGGAAUUUUGACAAGCUUCCUUGCCGACGCUCGUACUGCGCAAGGCCCGCCUGUCGUCGAACCCAGCGAGCUCGAUCGCCUGGCAUCCACGAAGCUGAACGGCCGCGAUGUGUGUCUCAACAUUAAAAAUCUUGUUUCUAUCGCGCAAGCCUUGGCUGCGGUCGAUAAGUCACAAGUGACGUAUCAGUACUUAGAAAAUGCAGCAAAGGCGAACGAUAAGUUUGACGAGGAGUUCAGCAGCAAAGGCCUGAUGGAUACUUUAUAUACGUAG